AUGUCCUACGCGACACUCAACAACCAAUUCAAUCUACCGCCACCCCCGUCGAAAAGCGUCUUUUCAACCGUUCGCGACGAGGCCGGCCGCGCUUGGUUUCCCGACUUUACCAAGGAGCAGGAUCCCGUCGGCUCACUGAAAGACUUCAUCGAGAUCCUCUUCUACCCGCACCUUCAACAGAGCACAUUUGUGCAGCUCAAGGUUCUGUCGGUUCUCACCGCUAUCAUCGGCGUUUGGAUCUUUCUCAUCAUCCUUCGAAGAGUAUGGGAAAAGUCGUUCUGGCUGUUCCGUCUUGUGAAGCGCAGUAAUGGUACGCUGAUCGUACCCAACGCCAUCACCGCUUUCGUCGCCAUCGAGAGCAUCUUUGCCAUCCUUCUAAUCGCAUUAUGUUGGGAGGUCGUUGCAUGGUACCAAUAUGGCCGGUCGCCCAAGUACAUCAUUCUCUGGAUCGGUCUCACAUGGCUCCCUCUAAUUCUCGGCGCGUGGUGCACCACCGUCGGCGUCAUCUAUGCACGUCCCAAUGCACUCAGCUUUGUCUCGCCGCAACCUGGAAAGCCGCACGGAUUGGCGCUGCGAAUGGGCGUGACCCCUACGACGGUCAACAUGUUUGUCUUUUGCAUCCCCUUGAUUCAGACCGCCAGCGUCGUUGUGCCUGCCGCGCUUGCACAGAUGCGUUUCAGCCGCGCAUUCGAACACCACCGUCGCUGGGCUGCAUCCAUCACACCCGGUGAAACGCUGUCCCGCGAGCUACUGCUCGAGGCGCAGCAGAUCUGGUUCCAGGUGUUGGAUGCUGCCUACAUGAUCUCUAUCUGCAUGGCAGUGUGGGAGGCAUGGGUCUGCGGCCUGUUCGUCUGCUACUGCCUUGCAGGUACCUCCCUCAUCGCCAUGCUGCGGAAGCAGCUCGCGUCGCUCAAGUCUUUCAAACAAAAUCGAUCCUUUAGCGAAUCCUUUGCCGGCGAGAAUGAUCGGACGGCGCCGAGGGAUGCGUUUCCCAACGUCAUUGUCUCGAGCGAUUCACAUCAGCGUGGCGAUCACAGCGACGACGUAGAAAAGCAAGUUCACGGUACCACGAAUGCGAAUGACAAGCUUUCCGUACAGCCGCCACUUCGUUCGCUUUCUACGUCCUCGGCUGCGUCCGACAGUGCCACGCUGUUCUCGGGCAAUCCUAGUAUCGAGCGAUCCGGGAGCUUGAAUAGCACUGCCAACGGCAAAACCACCCGAACAAGACGCAUGGUAGGAUUGGAAGAGGAAGACAUCGCCGAAGAACAGACACGCUCAAUGUACUUUACGGCGGAAGAGCUCAAGAACGAGAACCAGCCCUCCAACAGCUUCUUCCCUCCCGUUCGCCCAUCGGCCUUCGAAAGACCGACGCAGGCUCGCUCCGUGUCGGGCACGCAGCACUCUCACAAGCGAUACCUGGAAAAGUUCUACACCAACUUCGUCGUCCAAUUCGUCGGUCUCUUGCUGUGCAUCCUCUUCUUCGUCAUAUUCGUCGGAAAGCUCGUCACGACGUGGUAUUCAGCUUGGGAGGCCAACGAUUUCGCCACGGCCUUGCAGAUUGCACUGCUGGUGGUGUGUUGGGUAACGAUCAUUCUGGCGAGCGUGAUCAUCUUUGCCAUCCUCAGUCGAACGUACGAGCCGGUGCUUUCCAACCUGAAUGUUGCCACUUCGAGCCGCUCGAGCGGCGGACGUACUCGUCGUCUCAGCGUGACCGCCAGCGAUGACGGAUCGGUGGGGCAGCCAAGAUCCUCAAGGCGUCUGAGCGGUGCAAUGACGUGGGCCGCGUCGGCGUUGUCACCUCGCUCGAAUCCGGACCAUCGACGAAGUCAGGAGUUUGGGCUGGAGCAGGUAAAAACCCAGCGUAGGGGCAGCCGAGCUGGAUCCCUUUCUGGCAUGAAAAGGACUUCGCUGCAUACGUACGCAGAGCUCGAGGGUGAGCAGCAUUCCCCAGACUUGGAGGCCAUUCCAUGCAGUCCGAAGAGCCAACCGUUGUCGUUGCGUAAAGCUACAACGUCAAACGUGACGCCAGACCUCGAGGCGCCGAUGACGCCGUCCGAGCUCAUCAGCGACUCGCACAAGCAGCGUGCGUUUGGAGGGUCGAGAGUCAGCCCGCCGAGCAAGACGAGUCAGAAUGGUGUUAUCGUGGAACAGACGGUCAGCACCAUCGUCGAGCAUCCGGUGAUGGAAGAGUACUAUCGAGUGGAGCGUCCAGCUCGUGCCGCCGCGCGUUUCUCGCCGUCCAGGUCGGAAUCGUGGGACACACAUCACACCCACUCAGCCUACUUCAACGAAGGCGACCCAUCGCCAAUUGCCCGAUCCAAUGUGGACAGCGACUGGGUCCGCACUCCUGCCACACCAGCGUCUAUGUGGGCACCUCCCACUUCGUCUUCAACCAAGCCGCUGAUGACCGAAGCGCAGAGGAACUGGCAGGGCUCUGCUACAUCCUUCGCUCCUCGCUCCUAUCAGAUGUCCGCGCCCUCUCAAGGGGAAGAUAUCUUGCUUCACAGAUCUCGUCCUGACCACUCCUUGCGACCGGCUCCUCGACCACGAUCGGCCAAGAAGACCAGCAAGAACGACGUCGGACUGGGUAUAGCUGUAGCACCGUCGUCAUCGUCGUCGCCAUCGCCGCCCUGGACAGCACCUCAGGUGUGGGCUAGCGGGCAACCAGACCCUGCACUGGUGCAGGAAGACGCCGAUAUGCGACUGCGCAUGGCGAUCCACCCGUACCGUGUCGUUCAAAGUAAUCACAUCUGA